AUGGAGAUGGAGGCCAGCGAGGUCAAGACAGCAUGGUGUGUGCAGAGAGAUGCCAUGAGGGCUGAGGGAACUCGCAGAAAAAAAGCUCCCGAUCUUGGCUUGUGCUCAUUGCAUUUCAUUCAGGAUCUUCGAAACUACCACGAUGAGAUGUUGCCCCUCAGCAGCUUCCCACUAGAGGCUCCACAACACUCUCAUCUCAGCUCUUUCCGACCUGUCUGCAAGCCAGCUUUUUCAAGCUCCUGCAACAGAGUCUUCGUCAAGGCCCCCGUGCCUGACUUGGCCCGCCAGCCCCCCAGUUGCUCCUUCCCUCUCACAGGUAAACGCAGAGUCUUGUCGCUGUCUUUGACUGUUUGAUCCGAGCGCAGCCUUGGACGCUAGAGGUGAUAAACAGCGCGACUACUGCCGCAUGACCUUUCCCCACUCAGUCUCACAAGUGCAAAUGCGAUCGAGACAAGGUCGUAAUCUGAACAGCAGCAAGAAAGACGCUUCUACAGCUCUUCAAGGCACUGAAGACAACAACAAACAGGAGGGAGAAACGAGUAGCAUGGUGCUGGAAGAUUUCACAUGCAGUGUUAAGAUAAUCAUUCUUCUAUUGCAGUGGAAGUGGGCCAAGGACAAGCACUUGUGGAACUUGCCCAACGUCCUGACGAUGGCGAGAGUUUUGAUGAUACCCCUCAUGGUUGCCUUUCUCGUGUCGUCGUACCCGGGUCGCAACGUCGUCGCCUCGGUCAUCUUUGCUGUCGCAUCCCUGACGGAUCUGGUGGACGGGUACCUGGCGAGGAGAUGGAAAAUUUCGUCCAACUUCGGCGCUUUCCUCGAUCCCGUAGCUGAUAAGCUCAUGGUCGCCACUGCCCUCGUCUUCCUCUCGGCGGGUUAUAGCCGGGUGGGAGGAGGAGUCGCAGUCGCUUC